UGUCAUGUAUUAGUCGUAUCGUGAAUCGACUUUGGUUUCACAAUUCGCUGGCAUAUCACUCGGGCAAUAAUUGAAACGCAACGCCUUUUUGUAUUUUAAUUACCAGUCAUAUAGUGAAAUUCAAAGCAAAUAAGUAUAAGUUGAAGUUCAUUAUCAAAAGUUGUAUAUAAAUAAUAUUUUUUUAAUAAACAGGAGGUAAGACAAAGAAAACAAGUUUUUAUACUAGUAUAUCGCCUCCUUCUACAACUCAUCCAAGAUGAAGAAAAAGGUGUUGCUGAUGGGUAAAAGCGGAUCAGGGAAGACCAGUAUGAGAUCCAUUAUAUUUGCCAAUUACAUUGCAAGAGACACCAGGAGGCUAGGAGCAACAAUUGAUGUGGAACACUCACAUGUAAGAUUUCUUGGGAACUUAGUCCUCAAUUUAUGGGACUGCGGUGGCCAGGAGGCUUUCAUGGAGAACUACUUUGCAUCACAAAGGGACAAUAUCUUCCGGAAUGUUGAAGUACUAAUAUAUGUGUUUGAUGUCGAGAGCAGGGAAAUGGAAAAGGACAUGCAUUAUUAUCAGUCAUGUCUCGAAGCUAUUUUACAGAACUCACCGGAAGCGAGGAUAUUUUGUUUGGUACAUAAAAUGGACCUGGUGGCAGAGGAAAGAAGGGAGGAAAUUUUCAAGGAACGGGAAGAAGAUCUGAAAGGUCUUUCAAAACCUCUGGAGUGCACAUGCUUUAGAACAAGUAUAUGGGACGAAACGCUUUACAAAGCAUGGUCAAGUAUAGUCUACAAAUUGAUACCCAACGUCAAAGCCCUGGAAUCAUCACUCAAACAGUUUGCAGCUAUUGUGGAUGCUGAUGAGGUCUUGUUAUUUGAGCGAGCUACUUUCUUAGUAGUUUCACAUUGCCAACGACGACCGCACCGAGACGCCCACCGCUUUGAGAAAGUCUCCAACAUUGUUAAGCAGUUUAAAUUGUCCUGUUCAAAGCUGGCCGCGCAGUUCCAGAGCAUGGAGGUCCGUAACAGUGUGUUCGCUGCCUUCAUUGACGGUUUUACAAGUAACACGUAUGUUAUGGUUGAAAUGUCCGAUCCCAAAAUACCGUCAGAAGCGACACUCAUAAAUAUAAGGAAUGCUAGGAAGCAUUUCGAGAAACUAGAAAAAGUUUCUUCCAGUGCGCCAAAUCAAUAUCAAUGAGGGAAUCAAAAUAUAAUAAGUGCCUAUAUCAUAACAAAGAUCAGGACAUUCGUGCAUUUUGACAGCUAAUUUGCACAGAUUAAUAAAUGUUUAUAGACUUUAAGGUCGUACUUAUUGUUUAUGAUACUUUGUCUUUGCUUCCUUUAAGAGUUUAGAUUGUUAUUUUUAAUGCUUUAUUAUAGUGUUAUUUGAGGUCGAAUUUUAUAUGUGAAAUUGGAUCAUUGUAAACAUUUGCAUGAAAAAUAGACCAUAAAUAUAUUAAAACGUUAGUCUCAAUCAAUAGCAAUUUUACAUAUUAGUUAAAAUUAAAUUACGUUACCGUUAAUUUAUAAAAACUUUUGGCGCCAAGAUAUUUGUCAGUGAUUUUCAUCUGUCAAAUUAGUUCGCGCCGUCUAUUUGAUGUAAAUCCUUCGUUUUAAAGUCUUGUUUUAAUCUAAGAGAAACAUAUCACAUUUUUUUUUUGUUUUUAAGUAAAAAUAUUUUUUGUUUAGAUUAUAUCUUAAACUAAAUUUCCAUAAUGGUAUAUGUGAAAGAGUGUUACAACACCCGAUUCUUAAUUUAUGUGUAUAACUGUAUGGUACCUGCUUAAUAAAAUUAUACUGUUA